AUGGCUGAUUCACAGAGGUCAGACAGGUCCAACCGUCACAGUAUCAAGACUGGCAAGCAAGUCCGCUCCCAGAAGAUUAUUCAGCUCUCUCCUACGGAUACGAGACCCCCAGAUAUCCCCGAGGAUUCCGAACUUCCACGAGAGCAUAUUCCUCCUACACGAAGUCAUACGCCAGGACAUUUGUCCACGAAAAGUCAGGAUAAGAAGAAGAAGGCUUCAGAAUUAGCCUUGCGUCAGCGCUCGCAAUCACUGUCCCAGAAAGACCAGCAUUCAGAAUCUCCAAGAUCCUCUUCGAAACAUCCCCCCACUCGUUCUGCAACCACACCAAAGCCAGAUAAUCCUCUCUCCCCUCCAGUCUCGAGCACUCCAGCUUCUGCCCCAGGUACCCCAGAUCCUCGAAGACCUCUGAACAUACGAUCUACAUCAGCGAUAGCCUCGAAACCAAAUAAAGAAGGGAAUCCAUCCCCCGUUACUAUCUCACGAAAUACAACUCCAGCUCAACGUCCUCCCCGUGGCCCACAUGUCCCCUUCCCACCUCUUCCCGACCCUAAGACGGCCCCAGAUGUGGAACCAGCGCCCGCCAGUGGCAUGUACUGGUCGCGGGCCCCAGUAUCAGGGGCAUCUCAUACCUCUCUCAGAGCCCACACGUCUACCUUGAUCGGCUCCAAUAUCUAUAUAUUCGGUGGCUGCGAUUCCCGUAGCUGCUUCAACGAACUAUACGUAGUUGACGCCGACGCAUUCUACUUCUCCUCGCCCCAUGUCUGUGGCGAUAUCCCCGUGCCUCUCCGCGCUAUGACCUGCACUGCCGUUGGCAAGAAACUCAUUGUUUUCGGCGGCGGUGACGGGCCUGUGUAUUACAAUGAUGUGUACGUGCUAGAUACGGUGAACUUUCGGUGGACGAAGCCGAUAAUAGGGGGUGAUAGGCAGCCUAGUAAGAGAAGGGCGCAUACCGCUUGUUUGUACAGAAAUGGUAUCUACAUUUUUGGUGGUGGGGAUGGAGUCAGGGCGCUGAACGAUGUGUGGAGGCUGGAUGUUGCGGAUACAAAUAAGAUGUCUUGGAAGCUCAUCUCAGCGCCCUCGUCUGUUUCUUCAGAGGAUGAAAACAAACCAAAAGCGAGAGGUUAUCAUACGUCGAAUAUGGUAGGCAGCAAGUUGAUUAUCUUUGGGGGGUCGGAUGGCGGGGAAUGUUUCCGUGAUGUUUGGGUUUUUGAUGUGGAAACGAAGGCAUUUUCGCCGGUCCGUAUCCCCCUGUCGUACCCGCGGCUUUCUCACACUGCUACGAUUGUGGGGAGUUAUCUGUUUGUGAUAGGCGGCCAUGAUGGAGUGGAAUACUCGAACGAAGUGUUGCUUCUCAAUCUCGUGACUAUGGUCUGGGAUAAGAGGAAGAUAUAUGGGAUAGCUCCUAAACCUAGAGGCUAUCAUGGAGCCGUGCUUCAUGAUAGUAGGCUUGUGGUAGUAGGGGGUUUUGAUGGAAGUGAAGUCUUCGCGGAUGUGCAGGUCCUUGAAUUGGCUGUGCAUGCGUAUUAUAGCCAGAUCAGUCAUUUCAGUAUCGAUGUCUGA